CUGGUCGAGUGGGAUCCGUAUACGUUCUCGAUCCUCACCGAGCAGCGGGGGACGGUGCGCUUCAAGGACAUCAUCGAAGGCUUGACGGUGCAUGAGGAGGUGGACGAGGUCACCGGCCUCAUGCGCCUGAUCAUCAUGGACUCGGCGGACGAGAAGAAGCAGCCGACCGUCGAGAUUCGCGGCGAGGACGGCAAGAUUCUGCGGAAGUACCACAUUCCGCGCGAGACGACCAAGACGAAGGACAUUACGGGCGGUCUGCCGCGCGUGGUCGAGCUGUUCGAGGCGCGCAAGCCGCGCGAGACCGCCGUGAUCAGCGAGAUCGACGGAAUAGUCAAGCACGGCGGCGUCGUCAAGGGGAUGCGCGAGAUCGAGAUCGUGCCCGAAGAAGCGGGCGCCGAUAGCCGCAAGUAUUCGUUGCCGCGCGGCGUGCAUGUCAACGUGCAGGAGGGCGACCGCGUGCAGGCCGGUGAGCCGCUGAUGGACGGUCCGAGCAAUCCGCACGACAUCCUCAGCGUGCUGGGCGAGAAGGCACUGCAGGGCUACCUGGUCAACGAGAUUCAGGAGGUGUACCGCCUCCAGGGCGUCAACAUCAACGACAAGCACAUCGAGGUGAUGGUGCGCCAGAUGAUGCGUUGGGUGCGGGUGGAGGACGUGGGCGACACCGAAUUCCUCGUCGACGAGCAGGUCGACAAGGUCCGUUUCCUGCGGGAGAACGAACGGGUUAUCACCGACGGAAGCCGUCCCGCUACCGGCCGGCCAAUGCUGCUGGGCAUCACGAAAGCCUCGCUGUCGACCGAUUCGUUCAUUUCGGCCGCGUCGUUCCAGGAGACGACCCGCGUGCUGACGGAGGCGUCCAUCUCGGGUCGCGUCGACCACCUGAGGGGCCUGAAGGAAAACGUCACGAUGGGGCGGCUGAUUCCGGCCGGCACCGGCUUCGAAUAUUACCGGCAGGUGCGCAUCGAGCCGGACGAACCGCCGCCGCCCGCCGCCGCCGUCUCCCGAGGAGCUGGAGUUCGAGCGUGA